AUGUUACGUCUCUUUGUGAAAAGAUCGUUUUCAACCAGUAUAAAAGUAUUGAAUGCCGAAGUCAAAGUUGCAUCUACAAUUGCCUCAGAAAUAAAAUCCUCAUGUUUGGCUGGUACCCCUUUGAAUCUGAAUAUCAAGAAGACAGGAAAGGAGCCAAUAGCUUUAGAAGAUAAGGAGUAUCCAGAAUGGUUGUGGACUGUGUUGGAUACGAAGACUGCAAAUGGAAGAGCUAAAUCUGGGAAGGGUACCAGUGUAGAAGAAAGUCUUCUAGCAAGAAAGAGACAACUUAGGGUUGAAACAAGAAAAAAGAUUAAACAAAAUAAUUUCUUAAGUCAAAUUUAA